GACACAUAGCGUGAGGUUGCAUCAGCGCCCAGUAGGAUCAUGGAGGACGACGACAACCGGUCGGCGGAUUCUAGGGAGGAUCUGGACGAUGUUCAAUUUGACGUUGCGUGGGAUGACAUUCUCAUGGACAAUAGUCCCAGCAUCAGUCCAUCGAGCCAGAGUACCAGCAGCUCCCCCAAAGAUACUAGGAGUGCCACCACUGGCAAGUCCAAACGAAUGGGAGCAAGGGUCGACUACUUUCUAGGGCCGACAAAAGCCGACGACGUGGCAUCCGCAAGCCCAACCAAAGCCAAGAGUUCGACACAGGAAGCAUCAUGGAGCCAGAACGGGCCACCUUUCGAUCCAAUUCCGACACAAAGUACGCCGCCAGCGACAGCACCAUUUCAAUCAACCAAUCCUUGGGACGAAGUAUCUUUACAUGCCCUAGCUGGACAACGCACCUCGCUGCAUGAUGACCACAUUUCGUUGCCAAGUACUCAACACCUUGCACGUAUGGUUCCAACCAAGUCGAGCGAGAUUGACAACCUCGUUGCAACUUUCAGCAUGUCAUCGUCGAUUGACUCUGACUUGCAGCCGCCCAAAAAAUUGUCGGGUCAAUGGGAGUGCGAGGAUGAUGUUUCGGUGGUUGUCCAGGGUGAUCGUGCACUACCUCCAUCGUUUCCACAAGUAAAAAUGCCCUCGGACAUAUUGAAGCCCCCACUUGCCUCGUCAGCAAUCGUCGUGCCCUUGAACUCCCCGACUACUCAUCCAAGUAGAAGGGCCACCGACGCAACGUCCUCUGCCUCGAUGUCGUCGCGCAAUCCCCCAUCGCUGCCGCGAAUACAAGGCGAGGCCAACGACAAUUCUGAAGGCCCCGUAGUGAAACGAGUCAAAUCCUCCAGCAGCCUUCCCCGUGUCGUGGAUCUCUUGGACACACCUCAAACCCCAUCGAACACUUUACCCCGGGUCACCGUUGCCACCCACGUAGACGACGAGACCACGUGGAAGCAACUUAUGCAAGACGACGCCGCCAUGGCAUCUGUUAAACAAGCCCUCCGAGACGAGAGUUCAAGUUCCGUACCUCUUUCCAAUGCCCCCCGCGCAAAACGCAAGUCGUUCAACAGUGCUGCCGCUACCACCACCCCUCGAUCGCUUCCACCAGAUAAUACAACCCACGCCAACACUCACCCCGCCCCCAUGAAAAUCAGCUUGGAAGAAUCCAAACGCCAAGACCUGUGGCAGACCCUACGGCGGGGCUCGUUGGCCAUGGCCCCGAUCAAGCGCACUUUCCUCCCGCCAGCUCCAGUCGUCGCAGUCCCUUCAGAAACCUGCGUGUCCCCGUCGAAAUCUCAAACAACCUUGCCGGAUGACCCCCCCACCACUACCAUUCUGGCCACUUUGGACCAGAAAUUAGCAGCGUUUGAGUCGUAUUUAGGAGAAACCCAAGCCCUUCGAGAGAACUUGGAUGAGGCCCGAGCGACGAUUUCAGACCAUGUCAGUCGCAUCGACGAUCUGACACGGCUGAACCAAGUGCACGAACAAACAAUUCAAUCGCUCCAAAUGCAAUUACAACAAUCCACGCAACGGCAGACCCGCGACUCGGAAACCAACGCGACCACCAUAAGUGCUCGGGUGUUGGCUUGGGAAUCUUUUUCGGUGCAACAACAACGUCGCCGUCGUCGACAAAUGCUGUUGGUCAUGACGUGGCACGCCUGGCGAGGGGUAUGCCGCCUUGAAAAAGCUCGACGACUCGCGGCUGCUACAGUCGUAGCACGACUGCUUGAGCGACGCGCAGCUACACAUCAAGCAUUGCGACGGGCACUACAGCAGCUUCAGCAAAUCGGGGCUAUCCAAGCGGGAUCGCAUGAAGCGUUACAAGCCAAGCGAAUGGUCGGAGAAUACCGUCGGCAUACUCGAGAGACCGCGGUGCAAUGUGCGAUGCUGUUGGUGACGAAUAGCGUUCGCAACCACUUGUCGCGUGCGCGGCAGAGCGCGUUUUGCAAGUGGAAACGUAUCGACCAGACGUUAAAGGGUCAACAAGACUCGUUUAGACAAGGGGCUUUGAAACUCAAAGCGUGGCUUUCGAUGCAUUGGAUAGCUGCGACGCGGCUAGCGCUGCAGCGGUGGGCGCACCACCACCACACGUUUGGGUGGCAGGCUGCGGUGGACACGGCGGCUGCGCACGCGGUCGAGUAUAAGCAAGCCAAAGAGUGUGUGUUCGACUUGACCUGCACCGCGAAUCAGCUGCGAGAAGCCAACGCAGCGCUAGCCAGUCAGUUGACCUCCCAGCAAGACAAAACGACGUCGUUGCGGGGCGAGCUUCAGUUGACAAAGCACGGGUUUGUGGCCACGGUGGUCCGACGGAUGGAACGCGAGGGCGCUCGGGUUUGGUUUCAGGCGUGGCAUGACCACACCCUGGUACAACAAUCAACUAGAGUCCUGCAAACGACUGUAGCCGGGCUACAAACCCAGCUGGACGAGCGUGAUCGGUUCACCAAGUCGUUGGACGCGUACAACCAAGUGCUCCAAGGCGACUUGGAGAGAUUUCAAUUUGUGCACCAAGACACACGACUGGCCGUGGACGUAUUGACCAAGAAAUUGCUCAGAGAAGAAUCCAAACACCAGGCCGUGGUGGACGAACUUGCGGCUGUGUCGGCGCAACUUCAGUCGCUGUGUACGAUCGAAUGGGAUGACCAGUAUUAUCAUGAUCACGACGACGACGACAAUGCCAACGACAUGAUGUCCCAACCCCAGCUAUGUCCUGUUCAACUGCUUCAAGCUAGCAAAGAUUUAGUCGUGGAGCGACUGAUUCAAGUGUUUGGCAUCCAUGCUGACCAGGUAACACACAUGGCGAAUGCUUCUGCUACUGGGAGGGGCGUGUACUUAAUGUCUUGGGACAAUUGCUACGAGCUUGUACAGUCGACGCUAUGUCGCCGCCAUCAUGUUCCCCCUGACGGUUCCAACCAAGCGCAGCCCCCGUCGAUGUCUUUGGCAGAAGACAUGGAGAUGUUGGCGCAGCUCGACUCAUUCUUCCCUCCACCUCCCAUCACGUUGCGCGCGUUUGUCAUGGCGCUGUCUGCUUUCUUGACGCACAUGCAAGCGCACACGACGGACGACAGCGUGCGUCGGCGGCUCGCGGGGUUUUGGCGGGCGCUUAUCGAUGCAUCGGACGAGAAUGACGAUGAAGGAGGGGGAAGUCGGCCGUCGACGCCGUCCACCACAGCUGCGUGGACUCGCAAACACAACAAACUUAGCGAUGACAUCAUUCAAAACCAAGAAAAACUCUUGGCUGUGCUCGAGCACGAAACCGCCGUCGUCGAGCGGGCGGUGCUGGAUAAAGCGUCACUGAAACACACGUAUCCGACCGAUGACGACGGUGAACCGCAUGAACCCCUCCCUGUGAUUCCAUCGACACCCCCGCCAACAGCAUCGCGCAAAGAUUCGUCGCCUACGUCUCCCUGUGACCCUGAUGGGUGGCUAGCCCUGCCCCAAGUGCGAGACCUUGUCUUGGCCUACCAAGUCCCGUUGCUGCAACUGUAUGUGAAAUACGCCACCCCCCACAGCUAUGCCAUGGCUACGUCCACACCGCAAAGUCCAUUUGACCGGCAGAUCGACCUCGCCGUCCACACGUUAGCCCCUCGAGACAUCGCCAUGUCCCUCCAAGGGGCGCUAAAACUCUUUGAGGACCUCAAAUUGUUCCCGGUCGUCUUUCCCCCAGAUACAGUUGCUACCUAUUAUACGGCCAUGGCUACCCCCCACUCACCUUCUCCGUCCCCCCCGCCUACAUCGUCGCAGCCCCCCAUGAUGUUGACCUGCCCCGGCUUCAUCAAACUGUUUGGUGCGUGCAUUCUAACGACUUAUGCUGGUCGCCCGACAUCCAUGUCCAUCCGAGAGCGCCUCCACACAUUUUUCUACGAAUUGCACUGGACAGCGACCACCACACGACACCCGAAACCGUGCUACGUCGGUCAAGAGAUUGAGAGCAUUCUGUGGCCAUUAUUCGAAUACUACAGUGGUAGCGGGGGCCACAACGGGCCAGUCCCAAGUUCUGCUACGAGUGUAUCGUCUGCGGUGCCUACUACCUCGGAUGCCAGGUUGGCCAUGACAGCAGCCAAGUUUUGUCGAUUCAUGGCUGACAUUGCUGGCGCCGACGGAAGCCGGUCCGAUGCGGAGCUGAUGUUUCGAAAAGCUGUCCGAGUUAGUCGCGGCACUGCAUUGGCGUCGCAGAUGGCAUUUGACGAGUUUUACAUGGGCAUCUACUACAUGCACCAGCUGAGAGACACAACCAAACGGUACGACAGCCCCGGGGACGCCCUCCGCGAGUGGAUGCAGUUGAUCUAACGAUAAUUAUUACUAGUAUGAAUGGUG